CCGAAGCAACAAUAGCUGAAGAUUUUUGGAGCGAAACAAUAGCGGAAGAUGGUUGAGUCUACACCUGCAGGGGAAUGCGUUUUUUCUCCUUCGGCACCAGACCAGAGUAGUACCAGACCACCAGACCAGAGAGGCAGAGACCAUCACCUCCGUAGUCCGUAGUGGACGCCACCACCAGAUGCCUGCGUGCGCGUCCCUCGUCCGCCGCCUCUCCACCCGCCGCGAUCCCAACCUCGCCACUCUCCUCGCCGUCCUCCGCUCGCCGCAGCCCCCAUCCACGCCGCUCCCGCACGCCCUCUCCCGCGCCUUCCCGUCCCCAUCAGACGCGUUCCCCCUCCGCACCCUCCCCGGCCUCCUCCCGCUCCUCCCGUCCCCGCUCCUCUCGCUCCAGUUCCUCCUCUGGCGCAUGCCCCCUUCCCCGCCGCUCCCCUCCCCGCACAUCCUCUCCUCGCUCGCCGCCUCGCUCCCCGACCUCCCCACCGCCGCGCCCCUCCUCCUCUCCUCCUCCCCUCACCCGCUACCCCUCCCGCACUACGCCCUCCUCCUCGGCAUCUCCGCCCAUGCCGGCCUCUUUCCCGCCUCCGUCGCGGUCCUCCGCCACAUGCGAUCCUCCCGCCUGACGCCCGACGCCGCCAGCUUCCACUCCGCCCUCCGCGCAGCGCGCUCGCCUGGUGAUGUCUCCGUCGUUCUGGACAUCAUGUCCGGUGCCGGCGUCGACCCCACCGUCCCCCUGGUCGUGACAGCGGUGCAUAAGCUGGCAUCCGCGGGCGAGUUCGAGGACGCCCGCCGUCUGAUCGACAAAAUGCCUGAGUUCGGGUGCGUGGCCAAUGUGGUGGUUUACACCGCCGUGCUCGACGGGAUGCGCGCUUUCGGGGACGUCGAUGCCGUGGUGGGGCUUUUGAAAGAGAUGGAGGACGGCGGGCUGGGUGCUUGGUGUGUGCCCAAUGUCGUGUCGUACACGUGUUUGGUGAAAUGCCUGUGCGAGAAGGGGAGAGUGGCGGAGGCUCUGAGCGUGCUGGAUAGGAUGAUAGCUAGAGGGGUGAUGCCGAACCGAGUUUUCCUGCGGACACUGAUCGAUGGGUUUUGCGCGGACAGGAGGGUUGGCUUGGUUGCCAAGGCAUAUGAUGUGGUGGAGCGUGUUGUCGGUGACGGGACUUUGUCGAGCGAGCAAUGCUAUAAUGUUCUUCUGGUUGGCUUGUGUGGGGCGGGGAUGUCAGGGGAAGCUGAAGGACUUGCACACAGGAUGAUGAAGAAAGAGGUGCAGCUCAGCCCGCUCGCGGCAAGUGCAAUGGUGAGGGAGCUUUGCAGGAGGAAGAGGUGGUUGGAUGCUUGCCACUUGUUGGGAAUGAUGGAGAAGAACGGUGUGCUGUGUGACUCUGAUGUCUUUGCUGGUUUGUUGCUGGGGCUGUGCGAGGACGGGCAUGUCCUUGAGGCCUCAGCAUUGGGGAGGAAGGUCAUCGAGAGGGGGAUACACAUGGAGGCUUCUUGGGCUGAUUGUUUGGUGCAGUUAUUGAAGCAACAUGGCAAUGAGGAGCUAGCAUCAUAUGUAUUAGGAUUAAGGACUCGUGAGUGAUGUCACUUUGAGCAAUGUGUGGUCCUUUUCCCCAAUCCUUGCUUUGCUGCAACAUGGUAAUGAAGAAGAAAAAAGGUUUGUUUUAGUUGAAGCAAGGACCAUGUUUGGCUCCGAAUGAUACAGCUAGGAAGGAUAUCUCUUGUCAAGUUGCUUUUGCUGCAACAGAUAAUCGGUGGAUGCAGCACAGAAAGACUAGUGUGAUCAAAUUUUGGGUGCCGCACAGAAAGACUUGCUUCGCUGCAACAGAAGUACUUACGUACUUCUACUUGAUGCUUUUGCCAAAGAACUUGCUUUAGAUCCAGUGGAAACUUAGGCCAUGUAAUUACCAUUACGAAGGCCUCUCAGGACUCAGGUGAUCAUCACCAUGCCUCCCAGAUAGAUGUGCUUGCAACACUGCUAAUCAAUUGUAGGAGUGGUGCCAUAAGAUGCAGACUUCAGUUUAAUUGCUUCAGGCAGUUCACCACGAUUUAGUGGCUAUUCUUUUUGCUAAGUAAACCUACCGUGUCAACCUUUUUGGUUUCAUAUGGUUACUUCUGCAAGAGAAAUCAGGGACUUUUUUAGUGGUUGUGUUAAGGUUUUUGAGCCUGAAUUCAAGUGGUUCUUAUCAUGCUUA